AUGCCAUUCCUGAUCGCCGCGCUGCAAGUUUGGAAACUGCGCAGCAGGGAAAAGGAGGAGCUGGCUCAAUUAGUUCGGACUUCUGGCCAGCAAUUAGACAGCGUGGAGCGCUCAUGGCGAGAUUCCCACGCCAGUACCUGUUUCGGCCAAACACACAAAAGUAUACAUUCACUUGCUUGUCAAAUUAAUCCGAAUCGGAAAAGUCCCCUGCGAGACAGAAAAAAGAAGAUUGAUGGACACACGAGUAGAAAGAGGUAUAAAGUCGAGAAAGUGGCAGAUAGAACAAGGAUCGGCAAGCUGGCGAUAAUACAUCGAUGCUCCCAUGUCGAAAAUAUCGAGCCGGAGAUAAUUCCGCGUUGGUGGAGCGGCGGAGUAGCUGGGGCUUUUGCCCAAUUUUUUACGGCACCCUUCGACCUCAUCGAGUCUCGAAUGGUCGUCAGCCAUAAAGAUGUGGGCAUGGCUUCCAGCUUGAGGAGCGCUGUUCGGAAGCAUGGUUUCUUUUCCCUGUACGACGGCUUGAGCGCCCAGUUGUUAAGGCAGCUAACUUACACAACGCUUCGGUUUCAUCUGUACGAAGUGGGCAAGGAUCAGAUGGAAGAUCCUGUGGACUGGCUGGAUAAGAUAUUUGUAGCUGGCUUGGCCGGAUGUACGUCAGGCAUGGUGGGAAUACCCACGGAGCUGAUCAACACGCGGAUGCAAGUGAACCGCGUCCUUCCCAAGAGACUUCAGUGGAACUACCGCCACGUCUUCCACGGCCUUUAUCGCGUGACCAAGGACGAGGGAUGGAGAGCUCUAUUCCGUGGAUGUCUUUUUGCGUUUGUGAGGUCAGGAUUUGUCACCAUCGGCCAGAAUGGAGCCUACGAUCAGGCAAAGGAAACGUACAUGGAAUUAUUCAAAAUGAAGCACGACGACACAUUUCUGCAUCUAAUAAGUUCUGUAACCGCUGCUUGUAUCUGCGUUCCGAUCGUCCAGCCCAUAGAGAACUUGAGGACCCUCGCGAUGGUGGACUCUAGUGGUUUGACAAAAGCGAUGGGCUUUAUGAUGCGCUUCGGGCUGCGAGGUCUUUUUCGCGGCAUGGUGCCCUGCCUACUGCGAAUGGUGCCCAAUACGAUAAUUACGUUUUUGACCUUCGAGCAAAUCCGUGUUCGUUUUGGGUACUAUGAAAUCGAGGAGCUCAGCAGUUAGCACGAAGCCUCUGCUUCCACAGCUUGAAUCAUUAGGUCAGAAGGAUCACAAGUAUUUUUUAGUCUGUUCCAAAACUUUUUUACCAUUGUCAAUAAAAAGUAAACCAAUGAUUACAUA